GCGCGGGGCGCAGUCGGCCGCGCGGGUGACGCCGGGCGUCGUGUCCGCAGUACUCCCGUGCCGCCAUGGCAGCGCUGCCCGGUGCCGCGGCCCCGCGGCUGCUCCUCAUCCCCAGCAAAGCGGCCGAGGCUCCCGGCCCCGCGGCUGCCCGGCAUCUGUCCGUUGUUCUGCCGGCAGGGGCCGACCCCGGGCUCCCGGGGAUGGAGACGGCGCAGCCGGCCCGCAAGCGGCAGCGGCUCACGCACCUGAGCCCGGAGGAGAAGGCGCUGCGCAGGAAGCUGAAGAACCGGGUGGCGGCCCAGAGUGCCCGCGACAGGAAGAAGGCGCGGAUGACAGAGCUGGAGCAGCAGGUGGUGGAGCUGGAGGAGGAGAACCAGAAGCUGCUGCGGGAAAACCAGCUGUUGCGGGAAAGGACGUGUAACCUCGCACGGGAGAACCAGGAGCUCCGCUGCCGCCUGGGUUUAGAUGCUCUGAAGACGGAGGAGGAGGAGGGUGACGAGUUCCAGGUUGUGAAGGAAUCGCACGUGGAUGAGAUUAGAUUGGUGACCGGGUCCGCUGAGUCCGCAGCACUCAGACUACGUGUUCCUCUGCAGCAGGUGCAGGCCCAGCAGUCACCAUUUCUGAUAGCUUCCACGUGCAUUCUGAUGGCAGUGAUUCUUCAGACUCUGAGUCUGAUCUCCUGUUGGGCUUUCUGGACAGCCUGGACCCAGAGAUGUUUCUCAGAUAUGCUGAUUCAGAGUCAACGUGCCUGGAAAAGCUGGAGGAAGACAUCUCUGGAGAAACAAAUCCCCUACCAACCACCCUGUCUCCCUCUUUGGGGUCCCCAUCAGCUAAGCUGGAAGCCAUUAAUGAACUCAUAAGGUUUGAUCACGUGUAUACAAAACCCCUAGUAGUGGAGAUUCCUGUCGAAGUGGGCAACCAAACCAAUAUGCUAGUGAAAAUCGAGAAAGAAAA